UCCCAACGAAUGGCUGCGCUUACCGUCGUCUGCUAUCGACAGGCUUCUGGCUCCUACGACUCUACAUACAUGUAUUGCUCGACACUCGCCGCGUCACGACGCGCACACCUCGCUUUGAAGACCGCGUGGCUUGGUCGUCGAAGCCGUAGCAAUGAGGGCACGGCCGAGCAGAAGUUCUUCGUCCCACUCCCGGCGCUUCUAGCCGUCAUCUUCUGGCAGUUGUUGCUCGUGCUCGUCUCUGAACUGGAACGGAAUGGAAUGGAUCGGAAUGAAAUGAAAUGAGAGCGCUGCAUUAGACGUGCCAUCCUGGCCACCGCUGCUGGCGAACAGGGAAGCGAUCGUCGCCGUCGCUACUGCUGCUUCGGUGCGGCGUGUUGCAACUUGCGGGCUAUAGUUAGGCGGGC